GUCCUCCUCUCCGCUGCUUCGUCCGGUUGCACAGAGAGCUUUAAUGGUUGCUGUAUGGAGACUGAAGAGGAAUAUCGGAUGCUUUGGAGAAGAAGAUGAGCUGGUGGAUCCUUAUUGGGUUAGGUUUGCCACGUCAGAGCAACUGCACUGUUAUAACUUUCACAGAAAGAGUAGGGACAUUCAAGUAAAUUCAUGGAGAACAUGGGAAAUGCCAAAACUAAAAACAAAUGUAAAAGACACUCCAGAAUCAGCGCCAAAUUGACACAGUUCCCAUGCUUCCUCAACAUUGUUUAUUCCGCUCUCAUCCUCAUCCUUAUGAGAGAGAGAACAAAGAGUAGUUGUAUAGUCCUUUUUACAUGACAAGCUACUCUAUGUUCCAAUCAAUAUAAUUAGCUUCUGUGUUACUGACAACAGGAAAGGCCAAGAAAGAAAUAAGAAAAAAAAAAAGUUUGGAGGUUCAUUUUCCUUCCUUUGAUUUUCAGAGAGAGAGAGAGAGAGUGAGAAGAGAAAAAUUUAAAAUUUGUGAAAGAGAGAAAUCAAGAUGGGUUUGGGGGGAUCUCAUUCUCAUAACAAAGGGAAUAACAACAACAAUGGGGGGAGUAGAGGGAGGCCAUAUGGAGUGAUGUUACUGCUGGCAUUUGGAGCUGCAUUGCUUGGGGUCAUGAUCCUCCACAAGCUCAGGGAAAGGCGCAUCUUCAACCUCCUUCUCAAAGACAGAGACAACGAGCUCAUUUCCAUUCACCUUCUCUUACAGAAGGAAAGAGACCGAGUCCAAGAAGUCAAUAGGAAGAAUGAAGAUAUGAAAGCCAAUAUAUACACUCUCAGAAACCAAAAGAUGGAGGUUGACAGAAGACUUAUUGAGAUGCAAUCUACGAUUGAUUCCCUUAAAGAUGAACAAAGAACAAUGGAGGUCGCAAUUGAGGAGAAGCAGAACGAGAUCAAGAUGCUAAGGCUAAAAGAGUCAGCUACCACUGAAACUGAAAAUACCCAAGUGACAGAAUUAAUAGAAACUUUGAAGCAAAAAGAUGCUGAAAUUGAGGAUUUGAAAAAACGUCUUCAGAACCCAGUAAAGAUGAGUUCAGAUGAUGAUCCAUCAAACCCGUCUGUAAAUCUUACUACUGUUACCGGAAACACAGUGGGAAAAGAAAAAACUGCUGAAGGUGAUGGCAAAAUAAUUGUCACUGACCAGAAGUCGAAAAAUUCACAAGAUCAGAGAAUUGAGUAUGGGACCAGCAUGGGUGAAAAACAGGGACAAGGAAAGAAAAGUGAAGAUUUCAAAGAUGAUGGCAGUGAGGAGAACAACAUUGCUGCAAGUGAGACAAUUAGUGAUGGUGGUGGAAAAGACAUUGAGGAAAAUGGGGAACUAGGAAGACUUGAAAAUGCUCAAGGUGAAGGUCAGGAACACGUUGAGAAUUCUAAUGGUGGGAUGAAAUUGGAUCGGCAAGAAAAUUCCAACAACAAUGUCUGGCCAAUGAAGAGAGGUAAACAUGGUUCUUUUAGUAAUACAAAGGGAAGAAGAUGGAGAUUAAUAGCUAAGAAUAGGAGGUUCGAGAAUAGAAACUUCAAAAACAAUGGAGUAACAGGCAUGAGAACUAGAAAAUUCUUUGAAGAUGAUCAAGGUCGCUUGAAGGGCAGAACAAAGGCAGCACCUUUCAGAGGAGGAUUAACCACCGGAGAUGAUAAUCGCCAUGUGGGAGUAGCAGAGGUGGUCAAUUCUGGGGCUGCAAAGGACCAAGAUGCCACUGAUGGUCAACAGAGCAGGGAUAUCAACAGGGAGGCGACAAAGAAGAAUGAGGCAUCAGAACAUUUGGAUAACGAUUUCAAAGAGCCAGGCAACCAUGCAGAUGAUGAUAAAGGUGAUGGUAAUUUCUCUAGUAAAUCUGGUUCCACUUCUGAACAAGAUGAAGAGUACAAGGAUGAGAUAGAUGACACAGAGUCCUAACUAAUAAUCAAGUUCUUGAGGCAUGCUUGCCGUAGAGCUGUCAGAUAUAUGUAUGUAUCUAUUAAUGCGGUUUGCUUGUGAUGCUUGUUUAGUAUGUUAAAAUGAUGAAAAGAUGGGGAAACAAAAUCGUGAAACGAAAAACAAGAUCAGCUAUCAUUAAAUGCCAAAAUAUAGAAAAUAAAAAGGUGCAGAGUUCGAAUGGUUU